GCCUUGAAGAAUUUUGUUACAUUUAUGUUCCUUGUUUAUCUUAUAUUGAAUAUCCGGAUAUUUUAUGAUGUAAUUUGUUAAUAUUUUUCACACUUUUUGUUUUAACAAAAGUUUACCUGUGUCACAAACUCUUAUACACUAGUCAAGAUAUAAAUCUUUUUUUUUUUCGAGGUGAAAUAGUUUGUUGAAGGAAGAAGCAAAUUAAUAAUAAGAAAAAAGAAAUAUGAUUGCUUCGCCCAGAAGAAAAGUAUGGUUGCAGGGCUAUUUUGUGAUGUUAUAGGAAAUUGCAACUUAUCAAACAUUAACUAUGUAUGCCCUGAGAGAAAUUUAAAAAUGCCUCUUGAGAGAGUAAAACCUAAGAAGAUGAAGGGUGAAUAUCACUGCCCCUUUUCUGGUUGUUUGUAUAAUGGUUCUGAGAAAAGUUUUUCUGGAAAAAAGUUUUUGAACCAGCAUAUUGCUAAAGUCCAUGCUGAAAAAAAAUUUAUCUGUGAAAAAUGUGGGAAAGGUUUUGGCUUAGAUUGGUGGCGCAAACAUCAUGAAAAAACAUGUGGUAUGGAGUGGCUAUGUGAUUGUGGAUCUAAAUAUACCUCACGAGAAUCCCUUCUCACUCAUGCUCGCAGAAGUGGUCACAAUCUUCCUGAUCAUAUUGUACCUAUUAACAAAUCGAAACAAACAAAACCCUUUAAUGAAUCGAUGGAAAAUCCUGUUAUACUACUUUUCCAACCCGUAGCCAUUGCUCAAGGUAUUAAAUGUGAACGUUCUGCUCUUCAUCCUCGUCCUAUUUUUCCAAAAGUUUCUGAAUCACGCUUUUUUACGACCUCAACUGUAGAAAAUCACAUGCAUAAUGAGGAAAAUGUGUCUUAUUUUCCUCCUUGCACCAAGUAUGAAUCUACACUACUUCCUUCAGAAAUAUCUAUUUCAAAUGACACUGAUCUUAAUUCACAAAAGUGUAGCUCUCAUAUUAUUAAUUUGCAGCCCGUUAACACUGUUAGUUCAACUAUGAAAGCAGUUGCAACUCAAACAUUCAGUGAAACAGAACUUCCUUCUGACACAGGAGAAAGUAAUGUUAGACAAAUGCAAGUAUCUAUUGCUACACAAACCUGUAAUGAAAUGGAAUGUUUGUCUAAAACUCUGGAAUCAAGGGCAUCUCAGUGCAGCCGUAGGAAAUCAAAAACAUCAUCUGCAGUGCGGAAUGAAAGCACUCACACUCAGACUGCUGAGAGUGCUGUGGUGAAAAUCAAACGUAAAAGAUCUAGAAGAAAGUCUGUGGCAAUAACAACUGAACCUUGUCUAUUUACCGAAAACCAAGGCGCUGGACAAUCUGUGUGGCCCAAUUUUAAAGAUUUGAUAUUGCAAAACCCAGAAACUUCAUUGUUUAGAAACACGAUGAGCACACAAACCAACUACUAUGCGAGUAAAGUUUUGUGUGAUUCGCAAACUAUUACCGAUAAAGAAUUGUUUGAUUGGGCUGAAACAAUUAAAAAGGAUUAUGAGAGUGAUAUUUGCAAGCAGCCCUUUGAAUUGUCCAAUCAGGUGCCUGCAGAUCCUCUUUCAUCGCUGCAGCAGUGCAAGCAACCCUUUAUUAUAAACAAUGAUAUGCCCCAGGAUUCUCUUGUUGCAUUGCAAGAUAGCAAUUUUUGUGUUCCUCUACCUGAGUUUGAUUUAUUUUCUACAGAUACCAUUACUAAAGAUGAUAAACUGACAAAAAUGAGAAAUAAUUUUACACAUAUGUCUUCUGAGAGUACUUUAGAAAAUAAAAAUUGUCCAAUUUUCGAUAUAUUUUCUAACUGCACCAAGCCAGUUGCAACCGAUCAUCCUGUUUUGUCUGACAUUCAUACUCAAACCAUUUCUAACACUGAAUUAGAUUUUAGCCUGCUAGCUAACAUGGAAACACAAACUACUGAUGAUUUUGCUUUGUAUGAUUUGUUGGAGUUUUCUGAUACUGAAACUCAAACUCCCUGGGAUGAUUUUCCUGAUCUUGAUAAGAGUCCUCCUGAUCAAUAUUCAAUAGAGAUUCAGACUGAUUUUUCAUUGGCUGAUGCUGAGCUGAAUCCAGAUCCUUACGCAUUUUUUAAUGAUAACUAUGUUCAAAACAUGAUUGAUGCUUGUGCUGAGAAGGAACGAUUAAGUGUUAAUAUUGAGACUCAGACUCAUGAUCUAUUUCCCUUUCCACAAUUUACUAACUCAGAAUCUCAAACUCUUGAUAUAUCUGAUUUAAUUUGAAAUUUUUGAAGAAUUGUAAAUUGAUAACAUUUUCCAAGUAAAGAAAAGAUUAACUUUGUGCUGUAUAUGUAUAAAUCUAAACAACGUUUAAAGAGUACAUAAAUAUACAUGGUAUAGUUUUAGUUUCAUUAUAAAAUUAUUUGACUAAAUGUGAAGCAUAAUUUGUUCUCUUUUUAUGUUGUUUAGGUUUAUAAAAUAUUUAUUUGCUUUCUCCAGUAUUAACCAUUUAGGAAAUACAAAAAAAAAUAUUUUUAAAUUUUUGACACGUGUUUAUGUGAUAAUUGUUAAUUUAUUGCUGAUCAGUAUCAGGACUAAAGAUGAGGAAGGACUUACUUUAGAACUUAUGAGCAGCUAAUAUAUAUUUUGUUGUGUUCUGAUUAUGAAAUGUUAUUUUAAGUUUA